AUGGCCGCAUACACUGACGACAGGCCAUUCUCCGUGGAGCUCGUCGGCGCUGUUAUCCGACAAUGUUCGUUCAUAGACAAGAUGCACAACUUCGGCUGGACGGCUCCUAGCUUCCUUAACAAUCAACAGGAUGAGGUUGUCUUGGUUAAUGCUGUCGCUAGAUACCAUGCUUUCCUAGAUCUAAUGGCAAUAUCUCCGGCCCUCCUCCUCGUCCCCACACUCGACAUUGAUUUGGCAUGGCACUCCCAUCAGCUUACAGCGAGUAAAUAUGCGCAAGACUGUCGCGACACAGUGGGUCGAUAUGUCAAUCAUGACGACAAGGUCGAAGAGAACUAUCUAGUUAUAUCCCUGGACAUUACUCGCCACGCCUGGCAGGAGCGUUUCGGUGUGCCAUACAUGAUCUGCGGAUGCCCACUCCCUGGCGAAGCAGCCGGCCAGAGUUUAGGUCACCUCGUCAAGCUGCAAGAGGAGGGAAGCGACACUCGCCGAGACAUCGAUGCGACUCAUCCGCGCGGGCGCAAUCUACAGGAGGCGAAUAUGCAGGAGCGACGCUUUCCGUUCCUCGUACCUGCCCCCUUCGUCGCACCUACCUCUACGUGUGACUCUGUCGAUACGCAAGUCAUUGGUGGUGCUGGAUCCCACGCAGCGGCCUGCGGAUCUUGUGGAGGUUGCGAGGGUAGCUCUUAUGAAGUCACUGCCAGGGGAUAGCACUUCGGCGGCUCACGAUACGCCGUAGUUGGUUGUGGAAGGCGAUUGAUAUGUACGAUGCAGUGAUCCUGUGGAAAUUGUCCGAAUCGAUUGAAUCGGCACUGACUCGACUCGGAUACGCCAGGUGAUGUCUAUGUAUACGUUUCGAAAUCUGUGAUGAGUGUCAGUACGUGCGAUCGCGCAGUAUAUUUGGGUAAUGUCAUCAUGUGCUGCACAUGACGCCUCGUGUUCUGGG